AUCAUUACGCUUCAUUUACCUUGUAGCUGUCACAGUAUUAGUUAGCAUUGUGUACCUAUAUUGAAGAUACUUUGUGUAAAAAAGAUUACUAUUUUAUUACUAUUUCUUCGCCCUACCACUAAAACUGGUAACACAAUGAAGACAUCCAGUAUCACACUUCUUUUCAUCCUGAUAAUAGCGCAUGCUAUUGUCUUGUCCAAUGCUUGGAAUUUUAUGAAGAUAAACCGAUACAAUAAUGUGAAAAGUGGGGAUACUAACAAGGAAGAGGGUUAUACUAUAUACGUUUCGACUUUCGACGGACCUGAAACGCUAGAAGGCUACAGCCAAAAUAAUGAACAUAACAAAUCUGACCCAGUGAACGAAAUCAAAAGAAUUUUCACAAAUUCAGCUUCUACUGAUGCGUUUAUAAAAAAUAUGGAUCAUCAUUUUGUUAAGAAAGAAAACUAAAAAAAUUGCUAACUUUUGAUUGCAAUAUAUACGAAAUGUUUUUUUUUAUUACUAAAUCAUUUUUACAAUAAUAAAAAAAUCAUAACUAAUGGUAAUAAACUAAUUAAUAUUAAGUUUUUCUAGAUGAAAUGAAAUAACCUUCUGAAUAAAAAAUAUUUAUUUCAUUUUUGAACUUGUCAAUAGUAUAGGAUAAAUCUUUAUAAAUAAGAAUUAUAUUAUUUUUUACCAAUUUAAUUAUAUAAUACACUAUUUUAGCUUUUAAGGAAAACUAAACCGCGAUAAAAAUAAUGAUGCAAAAAACUAAAAGAUUAAUAAAAUCAUUUUAUAAAAAUAAAUUAGUUUAUCUUGUUAUUUUCCGCAUAAUUGGAAGUAAUCACUUACCAGUGCUUAUAUAUUAUAAUAGGUCAUUCGAUAAUACAAAAUUUUUAUUCAUCUAGUGACUGCUUCAGACGAUGACGUUAAUAAUAAUGAAAUUAAGUAUAAUCUUAAUUUACAUGAUGGUCACAACAAAUGCAAUAUCAAAAGAUGCAUGGGAAUUAGUGCAGGUAAAUCGACAUAACAAUAUACAAAGUAAAGAAAAAAAUAUAGAAGAUGCUUACUCAAUCACUAUGCUGAAGUCAGGAGGAUCUGAUAGCAAUAGUCAAACUAAAGAUUCUAAAGAAGCUAUAAUAAAUAGCGGCUACGCGAAAAAUGAUGCCACAUCAAACUUUUCUUACAUUGAUGAAUUUACAAAAGAUGCCAAUAAUUUAUUAAAUAAACUUGGUAAAACAUUUGCAGGCACGUCUAACAAUAGUCCUUUAACAAAUAAUGAAGUCAACAAAAUUGAUAGCACAAAAGCCACAGAAUUUGAAAAUACAUCGGAAAAGGUUAUUCCAAAUCAUAACCUCAUAAGUACUAUAGGGAAUAGUUCUAUCAAAAUUGUUAUAUUUAAUGGUGAGAAUAUAACUCGUGCAUAUGCUGAAAAUAUUGUAGCUACAAUAAGUAAACACAAUGAAGCUGUGAUUAUAUUUGGGAUUGAAGAAAGCACUGAGAAUUUGAAGUAUAUUGAAGAUAAACUGAAAAUCAAAAAGCUUUAUUAUAACGAAGCAUAUGUUUUACCAAAGAAUGUAAGUCUAUUAUGUAGCGAGUUACGUGAUCUUGAGAACAUCACAUACAGUUUCCGAGCUUACGUUCCAUUUAAUAAACUUUGUGAUGAGCUUUAUCAAUUAGUAAACGAUGAAAAAUAUACUGAGGCAGUAAGACUAAGUAAAUCUCUGCUAAAACAUAAAAAUGAUCUCGUCUUACCGGUUGUCAUAUUGCGAUUGAUUGAAGACGCCAAUGAUAGAAUUAUGUCUUAUACUUACAAGCUUUGGGAUAACGACGCUAAAAAUAUUGUUAAUUUAUAUUUUCCUUCAUCAUUUAAGAAAGUCUUUAACGAAGAAGAAGUAAAAAUAGUUUAUAAAAAAAGCGGUGCCUUGAGUCUUGCUAGUACGAAAACAGAUCUGGAUAGAUUUCUUUACACUGACUGCACUCAUAAUGAUAGCGCUGAAUUAAUUUGGAGUUUCAUACCAGUUUGGAGGAAUAACAAAAUUUCUUUUAAAAUUAAAAACGAAGUUUAUAAUAUGUAUAUCAAGCUGCAAUAUAACGCGGACUUAUAUGGAGAUAGAAUUGCUUGGGGAGCAACUAGUAAAUACUUUCAACAAGUAAGGUUUCGAUGGUAUUUAGUCCCACUAUUCGACAUGGAAGGAAAUAUACAAUUCUGCAUAAGGAACAGCGAAUACGAUCAAAUUUUGACAAGCAGCCAUUGCACAAAUGAAAACCAGGAUGUACUGGGGACAACAAGCUGGUGUCUGGUUGAUUCUGGUUGGUACCUAGCAGAAGUAGAUCACUCAGACUCUAACUCUACAGAAGUACCUCUAGUUUCUUCAAUGAGUGAAAGAGCUAUAUUACAACUACAAGCAGAAGAACACAAUACAAGAUAUACAUUUUAACCAGUAAAUUCCGUUGUCACAAAACAUUACUUUGAGGUACAGAGCCACAUAACAUAAGCUCACAACUGUAUCCCAAUUCAAAGAUUAGUCAGAGGUACAUCUAUCACAAGAUGAACCAAGUACCCACGCCAUUUUGGUAGAGACUUUUAGUACAUAGCCGGUAUAUUCAAUAUUACCUAUAGGUACUAAAACGAAAAUAAAUUAAAUGUAAGUUUAUUAAUAAAUUAGGUAUAUUUGGUUUCUUUAGAUGACUAAAUAUAUUUUAUAAAAAAAUAAAGCUGGAAAAAAG